AUGUUUCAUUAAUCGCAAUCUCUUAAUAAUCUAUAAAGGGAUCUUCAUCUAAAACCAUUACAAAUAGCAGCAAGAUAUCCGGAAAGUGCUGACUUCAACAUUAAGUUAAAGUUCUUUUUGCCACAGAUUAAAAAGGCUGAACAAAGUAGUGUGUUUACAGAAUAGUCAAAGUACCUUCGACUACCAUAGUUAUAAAAUCAUAUGGCAUCAAGUGAUUAGCUCUAAAGUAAGAAGAUUGAGAUAAGAAAGUCAAGCACUCCCAAAAAUUAAAGGAGAUAAACAACUCUAUAUGCUAUGAGAACUAAAGCAGGAUGCCAAAUUAAUAAAGCUACAAAAAUCAACCAAGAUUCAGCAAUUGUUUGUCCUAAAAUUCUUGAAAAUAUUGGUUAUAAGCUAUUUGCAGUUUCAGAUGGACAUGGUCUAAAUGGCCAUCUUGUGUCCAAUUUUAUCAAACAAACGCUUCCUAAACAUUUCCAUAAGUAUUUAGUAGAUAACCAAGAAGAUAUUAAAAUGUAAAUAGCUAGAGCGUUUACAAUUACAAAUAGAGAAAUUUGGAACUCAAAUACUGAUACAAAUCUUUCUGGCUCUACUACAGCAUCAGUACUCAUCACAAAAGAUAAUAUCUAUACUGCAAACGUUGGUGAUUCAAGAGCAAUUUUAUGUAAAUUUGAUUAAAUUUGGAAAAUUGUACCAUUAACGAGAGAUCAUAAACCAGAUGAUCCUGAAGAAAUGAAAGUUAUAAUUGAUGCGGGGGGUAGAGUUGAACAAUAGAAAGAUUUUCAUGGGAAUCCAAUAGGACCCUUUAGAGUUUGGUUAUAGUAUAUUUAAGCACCAGGUUUAGCAAUGUCUAGAUCCUUUGGUGAUAAAGUAGGAGCUUAAGCAGGAGUAACUGCAAUUCCUGAAAUUAAAGAAUUUCCUUUGACUAAACAUAAUCAAUUCAUUAUUGUUGCUUCUGAUGGAGUUUGGGAUUACAUGAGUAACGAAGAGGUUAUGGGCUUGGUGAUCCCAUACUUUGAAAAGGAUAAUCCAGAACAUGCUGCAGAGAAAGUCGUUAAAGAGGCAAUUUAAGCAUGGAGAAGAAAUAGUUUAGCAAGAGACGAUAUUACUUGCAUUGUUAUCUUUCUAUGA